UUUAUAAGGAAGAAGAUACUUAUCUCAAUUGGAAGACAAUCGCAAGAUUACUCCUGGAAGAUCUGCUAAACAUACUGAUAGCCAUUUCAGUAAGUACAGAUUUAGAAUAAUGAAGCCGGAAUUAUUUAUAUUUGUGUCCAUUUGACAUUGUAAUGUAUGCACCAAAGUAUGUAACAAACAAUCCAAGAACCUUCUAGCAAAUUUUGGAAGGAAAGAAACAAAGGAAGUAAGAAAACACUUCAAAUCUUGACAGGAUUCUUAACAGGAUACUGCAGACUGAAUGGGCAUGUAAAGAAGAUUGCUACAACCCAACACAGCACUUGCGGAUUCUGCAAGAGAACCACCACAUCUAGACUAGCAGACCACAUUUGCCAGCAGGAUGAAGUGUUUUGUGAUGUACAGCAUAACAGUAGAAGAAAUUCAACCACUGAACUGGGCCUACUAAUCAAGUUUCUUUAUGAACUAGGACCAGCGUGCUCUAGAUAAAUAACAGGGGAUACAAUAGCUCUGAAAUGGCACAGUAUAUUGCACACCCUGAACAUUACAUCUACAUCUAUAUGUACAAAGUAUACAACAGUUUGGGUGUACAGUUUCUUCCUCCUCAUUGCGUAACCUACAAAUGGGGUCAUCAUUGAGUAUACACAUGUUAUGUAGAUGUAUUCUCAGACGCCAGUGACCGGUAUAUAGUCCUCUUUCCUUAAUCACUUGUUUCCUCUUCAAAGAAGAAAAAUGGGUACCAGGAAAAUAAAGGAUGUCACUAACGAUGCAACUAACAAAGAAAUAAUAAAAGCUAGGAACCACCUCUUUGAUGUGAUCUGAACAAUGUACACUUCAAUAGUGAUAUACAAUUGCCAGAAAGCAGUAUAAAGAAAAUGGCUGCUUUAGCUGUUGCAUUUCUCAAUGUACAGAUUCCAUUGCGCCUUGGCGAUGUAAUAAACGUUAUAGCUGAAUUAAUAAAACAAAAUGAUAAAAACUUUUCAUUAGCCCAAAAUUUAAAGGUUCCGAUGUUCAAACUUGUCAUACUGUAUAUAUUACAGGCGUUCGGAACAUUUGUGUAUAUUUCAGUUCUAUCUAGCGUAGGAGAAGUCUUAGCUGCAAAAAUGAAGUUCAAACUUUAUAGCUCACUCAUAAAACAGGAUGUUGCUUUCUUUGACACCAUCCGUAGUGGAGUAAUUAUAGAUUGCUUGACAAGUGAUGUCCAAGAAUUCAAAAGCGCAUUUAAACUCUGCAUCUCUCAAGGUCUAAGAAGCAUCACUCAGAUUGCUGGGUGCAUUGUUUCGCUAUAUAUAAUAUCGCCAAAGAUGACAUUGGCAAUAGUCGGAGUUGUUCCUGUUAUAAUUAGCGUUGGCACUGCAUGUGGGAGUCUUCUUCGCUCUAUGUCAAAGAAAGCUCAGAAAGAGGCGAUGAAAGUAGCAUCAAUGUUUGAAGAAACAUUGACUACAAUCCGUACAAUUAAAGCAUUUGCAAAUGAAGAAUUUGAAUGUAGGAAACUUAAAGUACUUCUCACUGAGAUCAGUCAUUUAAACUCUCUUCUAGGUUAUGGCAUUGGAUUAUUUCAGGGGGCUACAAAUUUAUUUUUGAAUGGCUUGGUGUUAGGUACCCUUUGCUUUGGUGGCCACCUGAUGCUACAGCAAAACUUAACUCCAGGAAAUCUAAUGUCUUUUCUAGUCGCUACGCAGACCAUUCAAAAAUCAUUUUCACAAAUUUCAUUGCUAUUCGGGCAUAUCGUAAAAGGAAAGGAGGCUGGAGAAAGAGUGUUUAAAUUUUGCAACAUAGUUCCAACUAUUCCUUGUAAAGGAGGGAUUAAGAUUAAUUACUAUUCUUUAAAUCCAACUGUUGAGUUUAAAGAUGUUACUUUUUCUUACCCAACAAGAGAAAAGCAGGUUAUCUUAAACCGAUUAAACUUGUAUAUACCUGCAGGUAAGACUGUGGCUGUCGUAGGAACAUCUGGAAAUGGAAAAUCCACAAUUGCUGCAUUACUCGAAAGGUUUUAUGAUGUAAAUUCUGGUCAAGUGCUCGUAGCUGGAGUCGAUAUCAAAAAACUCGAUCCCAAUUGGCUACGUGGAGAACUAAUCGGAAUUAUAAAUCAGGAGCCAGUUUUGUUUGCUACAACUAUAAAAGAGAACAUCAGGUAUGGAAAACCUGAUGCUACAGAUGAGGAGGUUUAUGAAGCUGCACGACUUGCCAAUGCUGAUGAAUUUAUAAAUGAGUUUCCAGAUGGAUUUAAUACAGUGCUGGGCGAAAGAGGUGUGACUAUAUCAGGCGGCCAGAAGCAAAGAAUAGCAAUUGCUAGAGCGUUAAUUAAAAAUCCAUCAAUAUUGAUUUUAGAUGAAGCUACAAGUGCACUUGAUUCUGAAUCAGAAAAAAUAGUGCAGUCUACACUGGAAAAUGUCUGCAAAGGGAAAACAGUUUUAAUCAUAGCUCAUCGUUUAACCACUGUACAAAAUGCUGAUAUGAUUGUCGUCUUGAAAAAAGGAAAAAUUAUCGAGGCUGGAACGCACAUGGAACUAAUGACAAAGGAAGGCAUGUACUUUAAACUGAUGCAAUCAACCAAACAAACUGAUGGAAAAAGCUUAUAGUCGAUCUUCCUUUGAGACAAUCUAUGCCAACUUUCUCAAGAAAAGGUGCAGAACAUAACAAAAAUAGGUAAAUUACAAUAUUUACUUAUAAAUCAGCUACAUUGUUGGAUAUGAAAGUGAAGAUCGUUUUCAAACAAACGUCCUUGAGAACAUGGUAUUACAAUAAUUAUUUUGUACAACAUAUUGUAAAAAUAAAUUGAUACAAGGGAAUUAAUUUAUUUUGUAUUAUCAAUAUCAGAAACACAAUUUCCAUUAUUCAACUGAGUGUACAAAUUAACAAAAAAAAUGAUUUAUUAAUAUCAUCAAGUGUAUUAUUAAAAGCUUAUUAUUUAUAGAAUUUGUAUCAUAGUUUUCAAUAUAUAAUCAUAAAGAUUA